AUGUCUCAAGCACAUCCGGAACAUAUAUCCGAUUCUGCUGGCGCAUUCCCGGUACAAGCUUGGGACGUGGAAAACCAGGGCGAUGUGGAGUUAUCAGACAGUCCCGAAGGAAAGCAAUCUGCGUUCAAGAAUCUCGGGAUACUUGACCGGUUUCUCGCAUUGUGGAUUUUCCUUGCCAUGGCAAUUGGCAUUAUUUUAGGCAAUUUCGUUCCCAACACUGGACCGGCGUUGCAAAAGGGGAAAUUUGUGGGGGUGUCCGUCCCAAUUGCUAUUGGUCUUCUUGUCAUGAUGUACCCCAUCCUUUGCAAGGUUCGAUAUGAGAGUCUGCAUCAUGUUUUCCGGACACGUCAGAUUUGGAUACAGGUUGCCUUCAGCAUAUUUGUCAAUUGGAUUAUAGCCCCAUUCUUUAUGUUGGCAUUGGCUUGGGCGUUCCUGCCUGACGAGCCAGAGCUGCGACAGGGGCUGAUUCUCGUUGGGCUGGCUCGAUGUAUCGCUAUGGUCUUAAUCUGGACUGGACUAGCAGGAGGUGACGGUGAAUACUGCGCCAUCCUCGUUGCUAUCAACUCAAUCCUCCAAAUGGUGCUAUUCGCCCCGCUAGGGGUCUUCUUUCUUCAGGUGAUCAGCGGCGAUUCCGUCACAUUUGAAUACUCUACUGCUGCUAAAAGUGUCGCUGUGUUCCUCGGGAUCCCCCUAGGCGCCGCAAUCCUCACGCGCUUCACCCUCCGAUGGGUUGCAAGCGCGCGAUGGUAUGAUGAAGUCUUUCUGAAAUGGGCCAGCCCGUGGUCAUUGAUCGGGCUCUUGUUUACAAUACUGGUGCUUUUUGCUUCUCAAGGACGCCAAGUGGUGCAUCAAAUUGUCUCUGUUAUCCGGGUUGCGGCGCCUCUCAUUGUUUAUUUCACCGUCAUAUUCUUCACUACUCUCGUCAUCACGUAUAAGACGGGAUUUGGGUACAAGUUGGCUGUGACACAGAGUUUUACUGCAGCUAGCAACAACUUUGAGUUGGCUAUCGCUGUUGCCGUUGCGACAUUUGGGGCGGAUAGCAACCAGGCUCUUGCAUCCACAGUGGGGCCAUUGAUUGAGGUUCCGGUGCUGUUGGGGCUUGUCUACGCUGUGAGAUCUGUGGCAAAGCGCUUAAGCUGGAAAGAUUAGGGCCGACGACCAUAUUUUAUAACUUACGCCUAGCUAGGAGGACAGUUCAUAAUGUGGUUGAAAAUUCAGGAUAGCCAGGAAGAAAGUGAACGGAUCAGAUAGCUUGAAUCGCA